GGAUCUUAUGGGACAAAACGUGAAUAUAAAGCAAGCUGCACAGUCGGAUUUGUGACGAAAAUUUCUUCAUCUACCUGUUACUCUCCAUGAUUGCAAAUUGUACGUGGACAACUUUGGUGGCGAGGUUGAAGACUGUAAAUUGUUAUCCACAGCCAGCUGGCUUUGCCGCAUUUGACUCUUGCUUGCUGGAGGGCAUCCGAGAACCGGAGAUUGUCAUUGAUCGUGGGGUGAAAUCAACUUGGGUCCCAACCUGAACAUUAACACCAACCCUUGCCAUCACCAAGGCCCUCUUUCCUCGAGAAAUCUCAAACAUGUCGGCCACCCCCGCGAAGAUAACUCGUUUUCUCAAGCGUCUCGUACGACCAGCUAGCUUGAGAUAUCCAGUCAAAAAGCCUGCGAUAUGGUUCCUUGUAUUCUUCUAUGUCUGCUCAGCCGCAUUCAUCAUCACACUCACUCCAGCUCGCAUUGCUCAAUUCGUGUAUGAUACCGGUCAAAACUUCCGACAUCUUCCAUAUGGGUACAUGCUUCUUAUCCUUGUCAUGAUUGUCACAUCCUUCCCCCCUUUCAUUGGACAUAGCAUACUCCUUUACUUGUUCGGUUUCACAUACGGCAUACGGGGCAUCAUCCCCGCGGUAAUUGGAACACUGGUGGCAUCCGUUAUAGUUUUUGUCACCCUUCGGAUGAUGUUCAGCAAGAGGCAGCGUUUGUGGACCCCCACUCACGAGAAAUGGCAAGCUCUGGAAGUUGUCAUACGAUCAAGAGGUAUGCCCUUGAUCAUCCUCAUCCGUAUGUCUUCACUUGUGCCGUGGGCUUGGUCAAACUCGCUAUUCGCAAGCAUAUCGUCGGUAUCGUUGCUCCAGUUCUUCAUAGCGACUUGUUUUGUCGUCCCAAGGGUCGUGAUACAAGUAUUCAUCGGAACUCGUGUUGCCAAAAUCUCAAACAACAAACUGAGAAGUCGCAAUAUUACCCUAGCGAGAUUUUUCAACGCCCUUCUCAUUAUCGGUGGUAUUCUGUCAACUGCUUUAGCCAGCUCGCUGGUCUAUUAUUUCGUACGGAAGGAGAUCAAACAUUUACGUGUCAGCUCGUCAAAGCGUGACGAAACAGCUGCAGAGACAUUUGGGGCAACACAGGAAACGUCUUUUUCUGACUCCACAGUUUGACUCUUACUUCCUUACUGAGCUUAUCGUAGUA